UCUCACGUCUCAAAUUCCGUGUUGAGUUGCAAGCUCAAGGAUUCACACGGUCUAUACUUAGCUCUCCUAAACGUCAAAGUCUGCUGCAAGACACGAACUGUUUUUUAGUGUGACGUGAUAUAUUUUUAAAGCUCUAAACGCUUUCUUGAAAUCAUUUGAAGGCUGAAAGAUUGUUUAAAUGUAUUUUUUAGGAUAAUCAACUGAAGAGUUUGAUUUAAAAUGCGAGAAAAUGAGGAUGUUGAGCCCAGUAAUGUUUAAGAAACCGUGAUAAUAAAGAAGAGAAGAGAAACGUGGGACAAGGAAGCGAUUUCAAAGAGUCGAUUUAUGAAUGCAUCGGUCAGCUACAGCUGUGCGUGAACUGUGAAAAUGACAAUGAGAAUGAUUUCAUUUUUGGCUCUCAGCAUCUUUUUUAUUCAAGUGCCACAAGGUCAAACUGGAUGUGCUGAAGUGGAUUCCAUGACAGAGGCUGUGGCUGGAGAGAGCUUUCUGUUGGGUUGCAUUUCCUGCAAAAAAAGAGCAGAAGUGCCAGGUUCUGCUAUUGUGGAGUGGCACUUCAAACCAGCUGGAACUGAGGAGUAUAUCCAUAUUUUCCAGUAUGAAUAUCCUUUCCCCACUAUUCUUCAUGAAAACUUUGAGGGAAGAUUAGAGUGGCAAGGGACUAUGUGGACAAAGGAUGUGCAAAUUGGUGCCAUCUUCAUUCACAAUGUCACAUAUAAUGACACUGGGAGUUACCGCUGUACCUUCUACCGAACGCUGUACCUUUCUUUGAAUGAGGAGCACGUGAUAAUAAACAAAGAGGUGGAACUCACAGUUGUAGAAAAGGCCAACCCCGAGCUGACGACUGUAAUCUCUGAGAUCAUGAUGUACGUGUUGAUCGUAGUCCUGCAGUUGUGGAUGAUUGGAGUGCUGAUUUACUGCUAUAAGAAGAUCUACGCUGAGAACGAAGCUCGAGAGGCCAGAAAAGCUGCACGCUCUCAAAACAAAUUUAUUGACUUGAAGGACCCUUGUGGUGGUGUGUAUUUGGAAUAACUACAGUUUUGGUUAGUAGGCUUAUUCAUUUUCAGUUAAUAGACACUAUAGGUUCACUACGUUAAUGCUAUAACAUAGAUCUAUAUUUUUACAAACCUCUGUGUAUUUCUAGGGACAUUUCUAGCAUUGCAUUGGCUAAGGUAAAGCAGAAUGCAGAAUGAUUCAUAUACCAUGGUAAUAAAUCAGGUACAACAUUGUAUCAACUAGACAUUAAACCUAUGCAAGGUUGAAUCAGGAAUAUAAAGAGUCAGAAUAAACAGACUUCUGAAAUUAAAAGGGUUUGUAGAAAAGAAACAAA